CUGCAUCUGUCUAAUUUGCAGGGUUGUAUAUGUCACAACAGUUGUGUAAAACAUUCCAAAGACCUUUUUGAACCGACACAAGAGUAUGCACUUCAUCCAUUUAAUAGUUGAUUAGAUUUAUCAAUGAAACUAUUUGUUAAUCUCAGUUCAAUCUUUCCAACAAGCGACCAUGCUGUACUUGAAAACAUCUUCUAGACUGAAAACAUAUGCAGUGUUGAGGAAAACAAAACAGAUAUGGAAAAAGUGGCUAUCAACUUUAAAUAUUACAGAUCAAAACAACUUGGAUUACAUACAAAAGAUAAAACGAUCAGAGAUUGCAGGGUUACCCAUAGUUCAUCACCAUGGUUAUGUAAGUGACCUACCAAUCAAACAUCGGUUUGCUAUGAGGAAGUUUCAUGGUGUCAUGAGGUAUUUAAGAAAAGACAACGUUAUAUCAGCUAAGCAAGUGGUAGAACCAGCAUGGAUAGAUACAGCAGACAUAUGCACUGUCCACACUGAGGAUUACGUACACAGAUUCCUGAAUGGCUUGACAACAAAGAAGGAACAGCAAAUCACAGGGUUUGAAUGGAGUCCAGGCUUAGUCAGUCGAUGCAGAUAUGAAACAGGUGGGACUCUCUUAGCUGCCAGAUUAGCACUGGAAAGGGGUAUUGCUUGUAGCACAGGAGGAGGGACCCAUCAUGCUUUCCCUGGAUAUGGUUCUGGCUACUGUCUAAUUAAUGACCUUGCCAUCACGGCUGCGACCUUGAUCAGGGAUAAAAUAGUAGACAGGGUGCUCAUUGUUGACCUGGAUGUUCAUCAGGGGGAUGGUACAGCAGCCAUUUUCCAACACAACGAUGAUGUAUUUACAUUUUCCAUCCAUUGUGGUAAAAAUUUUCCCCACAGAAAACAGUUGAGUGACCUAGACAUAGAGUUGGAUCCCGGAACAAAGGAUGUGGAAUUCCUCGAAUGUUUAUCAACACAUCUACCUUGGGUGAUUAACAGCUUUCGCCCCAACCUCAUUUUAUUUGAUGCGGGUGUUGAUCCACAUGUUAAGGAUGAAUUAGGAAAAUUGAAUCUUUCUGAUCAAGGAUUAUUUGACAGAGAUAGUUUUGUGAUUGAUACAGCAUUCAACCUUGGCAUCCCUAUAGCAACGGUGAUAGGAGGAGGUUAUCAACGAGACCUGGAUAUGUUGUCAAGAAGACACACUAUAGUACACAGGGCGGCCAUGAAGGUGUGGUGUCAGCAGACCCAGCACAAUACAAGUACCUAUGGCAUUGCAGUGUGACAAGUUCUACAGGAUUAGAAUUCUCAAUGCAUUAUUGUUAGCAACUGUCUGUAUCAAUGAUCUGACUUUACUUUUGUUCUGAUGACAUGAAGAAACCUGUAGAACAAGGCUGCUUUCAUGUAAGCAGUUGAAAUGGUUAGACUAGUUGAUUCUGCAAGAAAAACACCAGGUACAGAUUGAGUGAAAUGGAUGGUAUCUUAAUAUUAGAUCAUUGUUUUAUGCUCGAAAGGAAAUUCUGAAACUAUGCAUUUUGAGCAUUACAUGUAUCGGUUCCAAUAUCUUGUACAUGUGUGUUCGUAUAUAGUGGAAUAAUUCUGUACUUCCUGUACUCCUCUAACCAGGUUACGUGAAAGCUGCCCAAGACUCCUUAAAAAAAUCCUGAAAAACAAGCAGAUCUUUGCUGCAUUGUCCACCUCAUUGGAUGUAAAACUUUGCUAGUAAGGACUUCUUUAUCUCAAGUAUCGAGACUUUUUUCUCUCGAAUCAAUACACAUUGUACUCAGAGAAUUUAUCCCAUAGUAUUAACUUGGAUUUUACCUUGAUUUCAUAUGUACACUAUGUACAUAAUCUAAAGAUGGUUAUUUUGUGAAGAACCUAAUAAUUACUGUUUUCAGGGUGAAAUAUAAAUAAAAAACCUGGAAAAACCUUAGAAAGAGAUUUUGUAUUGAACUGCAUCGCCUGCUUUAUCAUUCAUAACAAAACUACAUUUAGUUUGCUUUCAACCUGUGUAAGACUGCAAAAAUUUGAACCAUCUGAAAAAACAGAUUUCACAGUUUGUAAGCAGUUUUGUCUGAAGAAAAUUCUGUAAACGUACUUAUUUUACCAGCAAUCGUU